AUGCCCAGACGCUCAGAACCCGAUCCGCCGCAAGGCCUCAACCACUCCUACUAUAACCCAGAGGAACCUCUCGAUUCCAGCUAUCAAGACCCUUCUUCGUCAUCUCGCCGGCCAAAAUCUGAAAAGAGUCGGCGAAACCGGUCUCCCGGCGACGACUACAAACCAAGACGCAGCAGCCGUCGUGAUCCUUCUCCAGGCUACAGCGACAUGAAGCCCUCCCGUAGCCGUCGAUAUCCCAGCCCGCCGCCUUUUGCCGCACCUACUCCUCCACCUCAAGGAGACUACCGGCCAUCCAAUCGUGAUUACAACAUCUAUCCUCCAAGAGAUUCGCCGAGGGAAUCUCAGAGGGGCUCGCAAAGAGAUGCACCGAGAGAGUCGCGCUACCGAGACGAUGACCGACGCUCACGGGACUAUCCUUCAGAGCCACGUGAGCGCCGUCAUAAGUCCUCACGUCGAGAGCCAUCGCCUGAAUACCCUCGACGCUCUCGGAAUAUCUCUCCAGACCCCAGAUCUCGAUCUUCUCGAAGCUAUCCAACAGAAGACCCUCGCUCCUCUCGUCGAUCCCGCGGCGCCCCAGCACCCAGCAGUGAUGACGAGAGAGAGAGACGACACCGAAGCCACCGCUCACAGCCUCGCGAAGCAGAUGCCAGCUACGGUCGAAGCCGUGACCUCGACCGCACCCGAGACCGGGAUCGUGCACCUGCUGACAGCGGCCGCUCAUCGCUCAAGCGUCGAAGCACCAUGCCGACCGUCUCCAGCUCGGGCACCCGCGCCAAAGGCGGCAGCGGCAGCGGCAGCAAUAGCCCUGCCUGGUGGAAGAACCCCGUGAUCCAGGCCGGAGCACGAACGGCCUUGGCUGCCGGCGCACAAGCCUUUAUGCAGAACCGCAAGGAAGCAGGCCCCUGGCUGGGCGCAAAGGGAGCCAAAGUGGCUACCGUCGCUAUAACUGCUGCUCUGGCCGAUGGAUUCUCUGGCAAGGACAAGAAGAAGCGCUAA